AUGAGCGCCGUGUCCUCGCAACAGAGGCAGCACAGCCGCAUCCUCUUUGUCAAGAACCUCAACUACCAGACCCAGGGCUCGGACUUGUACGAGCUCUUUGGCCGUUACGGCGCCCUGCGGCAGAUCCGGAUCGGCGACGGGCCAAAGACAAGAGGCACCGCCUACGUCGUGUUCGAAGAGAUGGCCGAUGCCAAGCGCGCGCUGGACCACCUCAACGGCUUCCACCUCCAGGAGCGCUACAUUGUCGUGCUCUAUCAUAUGCCGGCGAGGCUUGCGGCAAAGGCGGACCUGGCUAAGCGGGAAGCCGAGCUGGCCGAGCUCAAGGCUCAGCACAACAUCCAGGACGAGUAG